CCCUUGUCUAUUCCGAUGAUAAAUUUAUUAUAUUAAUUUCAAAAUUGGAACGCGCCAAUGAUCACGCGAAGGUGCCGCUGAACGGGUUAAUUGAUACGUGAAUUGGGUUAACAUUUUGAGAUGGACUUUUAGCAUCCAAGUAUACGGGUAUCGAGAUACGUGCUAGUGAGUUACCGUGUAUGUUCAGUGCGAUGGAGUAUGUUUUUGUGUGUGUUAAGACUUUGAAGAAGUUCACGUUGAUUGUGCAAGGAAUUUCCUAAUGACAACCGGUAAAUGGUUCGCAAAAGAAGAGCCUGCUCCCAAAAUGGUCGACUUAUAGCACCAACCAACAGCCAGUGUCUAGAACUGUGGCGGUGGAAGCGGAAAGAUGUUAAUGCUUCUCAUAGUAUACUUCAUUACAUUUCCCGUACUAACAUCCAGGUUGGUGAGAGGCGAUAGCACAAUGGACGAGAAACCUCCCCAGCCGCUAAUAAGCUCCAGAGUUGUUCGAACCAAAUACGGUGAUAUCCGAGGAUUCAUCGUCACACCAGAAUCACGGUUCCUAGAACCAGUUGAAGUAUUUAGAGGUGUACCUUAUGCAUCUCCACCAGUUGGUUCCUUAAGGUUCAUGCCGCCAGUGUCAGGUGCUCAAUGGUCAGGCGUAAAAAUCGCUGAAGAAUUUAGUCCAGUAUGUCCACAAGUGCUGCCAGAUAUAAGAAACGAGACGGCAGUUUUGAAAAGAAUUUCCAAAGGAAGGUUGGAAUAUCUAAAGCGAAUUCUACCGUUCCUAACAAACCAAUCUGAGGAUUGUCUAUAUUUGAACAUCUACGCACCAGCUCAAGCAGGAGUACGAGAUGCUGUGGCACGGUAUCCAGUCCUCGUGUUCGUGCACGGUGAGAGCUACGAAUGGAGUUCAGGGAACCCAUACGACGGGGCAGUUCUCUCUUCUCAUGCUGGACUGGUCGUCGUUACUAUUAACUACAGACUUGGAAUAUUAGGUUUCCUCAACCCUCGAUCGGACGAGUACCCCAGAUCGCCAGCGAACUACGGCCUCAUGGACCAGAUCGCAGCGCUGCAUUGGAUCAAAGAGAACGUUGCAGUAUUUGGCGGUGAUCCUACAAAUGUGACACUAAUGGGGCACGGAACUGGAGCGGCCUGUGUCCACUUCUUGCUGACUUCUUUGGCUGUACCAGAGGGUCUGCUGUUUCAUAGAGCAGUUUUGAUGUCGGGCUCUGGUCUAAGUCCCUGGUCAUUGGUGGCAGAUCCCCAGAAAUAUGCAACAAUUGUAGCAACACACGCCAACUGUUCUCCUGAACUAACGCCUCCAGCUCUUCUGCGGUGCCUUCGGGAGCGGCCGUUGGAAGCGAUAUUGUCUGCACCUGUUCAAGCCCCAGACUUUGCGUACGCUUUCGGACCGAGUGUGGACGGUGUUGUGAUAGAUACUGGGGAUUUGCUAAUAAGUCCAGAAAAUGGCUACGAGUGGGGCGGCCAGACUAUACCACGUGCGCCUGUUGGCAGACAAGCUCAGAACGCUAUCAACAUCAUCAAUGCUGUCCUCAUGAGGAAGAGUUCUGUUGCUCAGCUUACCAAAUACGAUCUAAUGCUGGGCGUAACAAAAGCGGAAGCAUAUUUCGCCUUCAGUGGGGAUGACGUCCAAUACGGCAUAGAGGCAGACCGCAGAUCAAAAAUACUGAAGUCCUUUGUUAGGAAUACAUACAGCUACCAUUUAUCAGAGAUACUUGCUACCAUCAUUAACGAGUACACGGACUGGGAGAGGCCGGUUCAACAUCCUAUAAAUAUUCGGGAUGAAACACUGGAAGCACUCAGCGAUGCGCAAGUCGUCGCACCUAUUGUGCUUACCGCAGACACGCAUUCAGCAUUACGACGGAACUCGUAUCUGUACGUGUUCGACUACCAGAGCAAGUUUGGAGACUACCCUCAGCGCCAAGGCUGCAUACACGGCGAGGAGUUGCCGUACAUAUUCGGGGCGCCGUUGGUGGGCGGGCUGGCGCAUUUCCCCCGCAACUAUACUAAGGCCGAGGUGGCCUUAUCGGAGUCCGUUAUGCUGUAUUGGGGCAACUUCGCGAAAACUGGGAAUCCAAAUGAGGCGCAGGAGAGCGAUCCCAUCAGAGCAGGACGGCAAGAACGUGUUAGGAUGAAGAAUAUGGAGUGGACUGCUUAUGAAGCUGUCCACAAGAAAUACUUGAAUAUAGACACUAAAUCUAAAUUAAAGAAUCACUACAGAGCUCAUAGAUUGUCAUUUUGGCUAAAUUUGGUACCCGAUCUUCACCGUCCAGGUGGUGAAGAUGUACCGUCUUCUCACCAUCAACUCGACCACGAAGAUGCGUCUCUACAGCCUACACUUAAAACAUAUAGUCCGCCUUUCAAAAAAACAACUGACAUAGUGAUUACAGACACUGGUUUAGCAACCAAAGUUCCUGUUCUAAGUAUUAUUAAUAUUACAUCACCAGUGAAUUUCAAUAUAAUCGGUCUUACACCACCAACACAAAGUACAGUGGAAGCUGAAAUACAUAAACCAGAUGGAGCCACAGCGUCUCCACCCGAAGAUGGCUUUGCUGCUUACUCGACAGCCCUUAGUGUAACUAUAGCUAUCGGUUGUUCUUUAUUAAUAUUAAAUGUUCUAAUAUUUGCUGGAGUAUACUAUCAGAGAGACAAAACAAGAAUGAACGGGCAAGAUGGCCACGCAAAUGGUUCUCACUUAAAAAAAAGAGUGGAGAACGGACAAAUGCCAAAUAACAUUUGUGGUGAUCUUGAGGGUGCUUUAUCGUAUCAGACGAGUUUAAAAAAUGAUCCUGCCACGAUUCUAAGUCAUCAUCACACUCAUUCGCAUCAUCAACUGCCGCCUCCAGAGUUUGCUGAUCUGCCGAGUAAUAAUGUAGCAAGCAUGGCAACAUUGCCACGAGCACCGCCUCCUCCAAAAUUAGGGAAAGGCAACAUCAACACUUUAGCGAGUGGUCAGCUACAAGAGAAUCAGCCGUUGCUAUCGGCUCACCAAAUGCAAAUGAUCAAUACUAGUACAUUAACAAAGAAGAAUACGCAACUGAACGCGAAAUCCAAUGUAACAAUGGAGGAGUUGAGAGUGUGACGACAGCGUGCCUGACUGCAACGGGCCGGCAGUUGCAGUGAUGUAGUUCACCAUGAUGAAAUUGUGUGACUUGAGCCGGACCUUCUCAAGUGUGUUACGGAUUAUAUUUGACAUUUAAAUGAAAGUGAAUCUGUGCCGCUUGAAAUUGAAGGGUUAGACAAUAUAUUACGUUCGGUAAUAUUCAUAUCUGGUAUACUAGACAGUGAAAACAGACAGUGUUUAUAGUUAUUGAAUAGUGGACAAUAUUGAAAUAUUUAACGGUGUAAAUGACUGUAUAUAGUAAUUAAAUAUUAAAAUUGUAUAUAGUACAGCAGCUCAGGCGCAUAUCCAUCCUAAUUACAAUUAUUAUAAUCUUUAUUAGAAGAAUUAUUGAUGAAGCUGAUGUGAUGAAAAAUGGUAUUAGGAUAAAUAAAUCUUUAGGAUCGAAUGUUUCAUUUUUAAAAGUAACAUUUGAUAGUGUAUCUGAAUGUAAUGAACAAUCUAUUUUGAAAUUGAUUUAAUACAAUUUUUUAACAAGAAUAAAUUUAAUGAAUUGGGCUAAUUGUAAUGAUUGUGAAGUAAUUAUUAAGGAGUUUAGUAGAUACGAGACACCAAUUUAAUGUCGCCCAGUAUUUAUUAACUAGAAGCAAUAAAAGUUUCAUCGAACAAAAUCAGUUAUUUGUGUCUCCGAUUUCUUGUAAUAUUGUCGACUGAAGAAGUAAUUGGUAUUUUUUAAACUCGGAUUCUUCUUUUUAGUUUUGUUGUAUCUUG